AUGCAAACCAUCAAGAUGAGAGGUCGCCCUCCAAAGGCAAAAUCAACAUGUACUAUGUGCAAUGACUCAAAGCAUCCUUUAAAUUACGUAUUACCUACACAAAAUGGAAAAAAAGAAUUUUGCUCUGUCAAUUGUCUUACAGAAUUUCGAAAAGAAUACGUAAAGAACGGAUGUGCAAAUUGUGAUAAUAUAAUUAAAGGCUCUCCAGUUAAACAAGAAAAACAAGAAAAUCAAGAUUCUACACCCAAAAACUUUUGUUCAACUGCUUGUUUAAACAAACACCAAAGGAAAGAACAAACCAAAAAAACUGUAUUUGGAGAUGUUCAAGUGGAAAAUCCAUUUUCUGCCCACGGUAAUCCAGUAUUUGAUUGGGAUAAUUAUCUUAAAGAAACAUCAAGCACAGCAGCUCCUACUUAUUGUUUUAAACAGCAUGAAGUAUCUCCGGAAAAUGAAUUCAAACCAAGUAUGAAAUUGGAAGCAGUGGAUCCUCGAAACAUAACAUCCAUGUGCAUUGCAACUGUCAUAGGUGUUGUUGGCCCCAGAAUACGUCUUCGUCUAGAUGGUGGAGAUAAUAAAAAUGAUUUUUGGCGAUUAGUUGACUCUUCAGAAUUAAAACCCAUUGGUUAUACAGAAAAAAAAGGCGGGAUGUUACAACCCCCACUUGGUUUUCGUAUGAAUGGUUCACUAUUUCCUAUGUUCCUAUUGAAGACCCUAAAUGGAGCUUUAUAUUCUCCCGAUACUGCUUUUAAAUCUGAACCAGAUACUCCUACUGACAAUUUAUUUAAAGUUGGUCAAAAAAUUGAAGCUGUUGAUAAAAAAAAUCCACACCUAAUUUGUGUGGCAACUAUUGGUGAUGUUAAUAAAAACAAUAUAUUUGUUACAUUUGAUGGAUGGAGAGGUGCAUUUGACUAUUGGUGUUCAUUUGAUUCUAGAGAUAUAUUUCCAGUGGGAUGGUGUGUAAAAAGUGGCCACCCACUUCAGCCACCUGGUCAUAAAGGAUCUCGCUAUUCAGGAAGUAGACCUAAUAGUGCACAGUCUUCAGCAAAUGUGAAACAAAGUUUUAAUGAUUCUAUAAAUUUAACUCCAGAUAGUGCAAGUGAUCUAGAAGCUGGUAUCCAAGAAUCAUGUUCUGUAUUUAUAAACCAUGAGUGCAAGUGUGGCCCAUUUAUGGAUUCUUCCAAAUUGUUUGAACUUCCUAAGCAAUUAGGACCUGGAUUAGUGCAAAAAGUUUUGAAAGACACUAUACAACAUUUAGUAAACACUGCACAUGAUAUUCAAUCAGUUACGACAUUGAUGAAGAAACAAGGUGAUAGUACAUGUACAAUAACAGCUACAUAUGAAGGGAAAUCCAGGGUUUUUAAGUUACCAAAAAUUGAGAAGACAGAUGAGUUCUGGGAUUAUAUCAGAACUCUGUUAGAAGAUCUGUCAUGCUGCAAAAAUUUGUUAAGUCCCGCUUUAAAUGUUUGCUCCGAGUGUAAACUAGAAAAGAAUGUGAACGAAGUAAUAAAAAAUGAUAAUAAAAGUAUAAAACGACAUGGUUCACCAGAAAGUUCAACUCCUGAUGAAGUAACAGUAGUAACAAAAAAACCAUGUACAACUGAACCUGAAAUGGAAGCUGCAUCUUCUACAACUCCAACUGAAGGGCCUAUAAGAUUACCUGUAGACCCUGCAGAAUGGUCUGUAGAAGAUGUUAUUCAACAUAUAAACUGUAUAGAUUUACAGUUAAAUACAUUUGCUGAUCUUUUUAGAAAACAUGAAAUUGAUGGAAAAGCCUUACUAUUAUUAAACUCUGAUACAAUGAUGAAAUACAUGGGACUUAAAUUAGGACCUGCCUUAAAACUUCAAAACGUAAUCAAUAGAUUAAAACCCCGACGGAGAUAA